AUGCCCCACAGAGACCUGCGUUUAGCUGCUGUUGUUCUGCUGCUCUGCAUCCAGCAUCUGCACGGCUCGGCUCUUCCUGCUGUGUCCUCUUACGAGUUCACUGCUUACAGGAUGCAACAAUACAACCUGGCACAACAGAUGUAUGGUUGCCGUGGAGCCAUUAUGGUGGCGGAGGCCCGUUCAGCAGAUGAGCCCGUCCUGACCCGCCGCUGCAUCAUCAUGAAGGUGGUGGACUUCACUACAGAAAAGUUCACGGAGGCUCAGAGACAAAACGCUGCUGCAAUUCUUCUCCUCUUGCCUAAAAAUAUCUCCAGUAUCCCCCAUGAUACUGUACAGUCCUUUAUGGAGAGUGAGAAGGCUGUUCUGCUGAAGGAGACCCUCAUGUCUGUGUAUGUGGCCCCUGAAGAUGAGCAGCUGCUUUACAUGUAUGAAGAGGUCAAACAGGCAGCUGCCACCCGGACCUCCUCUGUGUUCAUCAGAGUCCUUCGCAGUAUGGUCACAGCCACAGCCUUUCAGAUCCUUGUGAGCAACAAUUACCCUAUAAAGGCUCUCGCUGACACUGCUAUAGUCACACUGGAGGGAGUUCUUCCUGGAGCAGGCGAGGAUCCACCCACGAUCGUCAUCACUGCCCACUAUGACUCUUAUGGGCUGGCUCCGUGGUUGUCUUAUGGAGCAGACUCUAAUGGCAGUGGUGUCACCAUCCUGCUGGAGCUGGUUCGUCUCUUUCAGAAGCUUUACAGCAGCUCCAGCACCAGACCACUCUAUCAUUUGAUGUUCUCUUUAACUGGAGGAGGCAAAUACAAUUUUCUUGGCACAAAGAGAUGGAUUGAAGAGAAUCUGGACCAUGCUGAGUCAAGCCUGCUUCAUGACAAUGUGGCUUUUGUUCUGUGUUUGGACACACUGGCCAACAGUGAUGAACUGUACAUGCACGUGUCCCGCCCUCCGAGGCCCGAUACUCCCAUGCAUGCCUUCGUUCAGCAGCUGGAGGAGGUAGUGUCUUCCAGAUUCCCCUGGGUGAAGAUGGGAUUGAUCCACAAAAAGAUCAACCUUAUAGAGUCCACAGUGGCCUGGGAGCAUGAGCGCUACAGCCUGCGCAGGAUACCGAGCUUCACUCUGUCUCACCUAGAGGACCCCAAAUCUGAACUUAGAGGCUCCAUACUAGACACCAUGUCACAAGUGGACUUUAGGAAACUUAAGCGUAAUGGCAUCAUUGUAGCAGAAGCAUUGGCACGUUUUAUGUAUAACCUCUCUGACAAGGGGUCACCCAGAGAUAUCCAGCUUUUCAAGGGCCAGAUGGACUUCCACGAUGGCCGGAUGUCCAACCUGAUGUCUGUCCUGACAUCGGUCCCUAGGGCCACCCAGCUGCUGGAUAAGGAGCCAGACCACAUUGUACUUGUUAACUCACUGGAGCAAGAGUUCAAACAUUACCUGCAGCAAGUUUACAGACACACCUUCAGACAGGACAAGAGGGACCCUGAUAUUACCUUUUAUGAUCAAAUGAACCAACCAGUAGUCAUGUACAGAGUGAAGCCUGCAGCUUUUGAUCUCUUCCUCGGCGGCUGCAUUGCUGCCUACUUGGGGAUCGUUUAUUAUGCCAUUCAGAACUUUGGGUUUUUCUACACAAAGCUCAAAGCAGCGGUGAAGUCCAAGCAGCAGUAAACAAGACUGUGAAUGCUGAGAGUUU